AUGGUAAGAACACGCGGUGCAUCUUUUAGUUCUCGAGGAGAGAGUUCGACGCAAGGCGAAAGUUGGAGAAGAUCUACUUCUUCCGCUUAUAGAAGGCGUGCAGGUCCUAUUGAGGAUGACCCUUAUGUUGAGGAGCGAGCCUUUGAGGAGCAGACAUAUGAAGCGUAUGAGACUCAUGGUCAGGAGGAUGCAUUUCAGGCCCCUGACGACGAUGACGAAGAGCAUGCGAAUGUUCAUAACAUACAGGAGGAUAUCGGUGGAUUUCCUGGAGGUCCACGUGAUGAUUCAUUACUGACGCACUAUGUUCAACAUGUAGCUUAUGCUAUUUCACAGGGCCGUUUGAUGUCUCUCACAGAUAUUUAUUAUGAUUAUGUUGAUAAGGGCUUACUCCUCGGAUUCAUAGAGAGGUGGCAUUUCGAGACCAGUAGUUUCCAUCUCCCUUUAGGGGAGAUGUCGGUUACUCUUGAUGACGUCUCGACAUUACCUCACCUGCCCGUGAUGGGACAAAUGUGUGAUUUGGAGGAGUUGGAGUUUGAGGAGGCUCGUACAACCCUUGUGCAGUUGCUCAACGUUGAUGGUGGCACAGCUGGUGCUGAGAUGGAGGACGCACGUGGUCUGAAAGUUAGACUUAGCUGGCUUAGAGAGAUAUAUGUUCAGAGGUGUGAGUCACAGCAUUGGGACUAUGCUGUCAGAGCAUAUUUGUUGCAUCUAGUAGGAUGCACGAUUUUUGCAAAUAAGAGUGCUAGUUCUAUACGCGUGUCUUACUUGUUGUUAUUUGGAGACGUACACGCGUGUGGCAGAUAUGCUUGGGGCGUUGCUGCACUCGCCCAUUUGUACAAACAGCUCGGGGAUGCGAGUCUCGCCUCCACGAAGCAGAUGGUCGGAUAUUUGACUCUAUUUCAGUUAGAUGCGCUGACAUACAGUGGAGUUGUAUGGCAUCCGUAUGAGGGGCAUCGGGCCAUUCGACCAUUCUUCGGCAUCUGUAUGUAUUCUGGAUGGAUUCGGAUUGGUGACACCCUUUGUCGUCAUUUGCCUGAGCGUGUGCUGAGGCAAUUUGGGUUUCAGCAAGACAUUCCACGAUCACCGACUGCGGUUCCAGAUGUAGAUAUAGUGGCCAUUGAUGAUGUUUGGUUGCACUUCAGAGCUCACGUUGUGAAUAAUGUCAGACAUGCAACAUUCCCUUCUGACUGUGUCGAUUGGUACAUUCAGUGGUUUAGGAGGGUUUUGCAUCCUUAUAUUAUUGUUGUUACAGAUGACGCGCGACCGGCUCUUGCGCCUAGACAGCGCCCUGAUGUUCCACAGGAGGCACGACCCCAUCGUAGAACGUCUCCACCUUCACCAUCUGGCGCCCUGGUGUCAAUGGACCUGCUUCAUAUUGCUAAUGAGGGCAUCGACGAAUAUUCCCCGACUAGGAGAGGGUAA